AUGGUCCUCCUGAGCCGCCUCGUGACCAGUUCUUGGGGAGACUCGAGGAGCGCGCAUGCGCGCGGCUCAGGCCCCGCCCGGCUGCCCAGUCCCGCCCGGCAGGAGGCGCUGUCUCAGGCCGGGCUCUCCGCGUGGCCGAGGCCGGGGGAGCGGAGCCGCGGCCUCGCUUCUCUCAUGCACCGACUGAGCCGCGCGCUGCUGGGGGCCCUGGCCCGGGGCUUACCGGGCCGGCAGCCCCCGGGCCCCGGCCGGCUCCUGCCCGCUGCCCUGCGGCCGGGGAGACCGGGCGGCCUCUCCACCCGACCCUGGCGGGACCCUGCGGCCCAGGGGCCGGGCGGCGAGGAGGAGCAGUUCGUCUUCCCCGAGUACGUGCCCGAGCCGGGCCCGGCGCCGGCCGGAGAGCCGCCCGCCGCGCCGGGCCGCCCGCCGGGGAGGCCGCGGGAGAAGCGGCAGCACCGGGUGACGGGGCGGCCGGACCCGUCGGUGCCGCCCAGCGGGGUGAACUGCUCGGGUUGCGGGGCGGAGCUGCACUGCCGAGACCCCGCCGUGCCCGGCUACCUGCCCAGCGAGAAGUACCUCCGCCGUUCGGAGGCGCACCGGGCCCUGCAAGGUGUGGUGUGUCAGCGCUGCUGGCUCCUGAUCCAUCAUCAGCAGGCGCUGCACAUGCAUGUGUCCCGGGAGCAAUACCGCAAUCUGGUGAGCGCUGCCCUGCGCAGCCCCCCACGCCACGGUCGCCCCCCCCUGGUGCUAUACAUGGUGGACGUGCUAGACCUGCCCGACUCGGUGCUACCGGAUCUGCCUCAGCUGGUGGAUGCAGGGUCCAGCAUCCUGGUGGUGGGCAACAAGGUGGACCUGUUGCCUGGGGACUCUCCAGACUAUCUGAAGCGCUUCCGAAAACAGCUGUUGACGAGCUGUGCCCGCGUGGGCAUCCUCCCUGCAGCCCAGGGCACUGGGGGCCAGGUUGGUAGGACUGGGAGCCAGAACUUGGUGGAUGUGCACCUGAUCAGUGCCAAGACAGGCUAUGGAGUGGAGAAGCUGAUCUCCAAGCUGCAACGCUCCUGGAAGUGCAAUGGCGAUGUGUAUCUUGUGGGAGCUACCAAUUCCGGCAAAUCCACACUGUUCAAUACUCUGCUGCAGUCUGACUAUUGCAAGUCCAAAGCGCCGGAGGUGAUCAACAGAGCAACAAUCUCGCCCUGGCCAGGCACAACUUUAAACCUCCUGAAAUUUCCAAUUAUUAACCCUACAUCUGACAGACUGUUCAGGAGACAGGAGAGACUAAAAGCAGAUGCAGAAAAAACUGAAGAACAACUUAGUGAUGAUGAACAAAAGUAUCUUAAAUGCCUUAAAAAGCAAGGUUAUUUAAUAGGAAGAGUUGGAAGAACAUUUCAACAACAGAAGUCAAAAGCUGUCAUUGACUUUGAUCCUGAUGAGCUCUCUUUUAACAUGGAAGAGGAGCCUGUCUUUUCAUCUGACAAGCCUAAAGAGAGAGUGGAAUUUACACACAAUGAACUGAAGGAUGCUCGCUGGUUUUUUGACACGCCGGGGAUUGUAAAAGAAAAUUGUGUUUUAAAUCUUCUAACAGAGAAAGAAGUAAAGCUUGUCUUGCCAACACAUGCCAUUGUUCCACGGACCUUUGUACUUAAGCCUGGAAUGGUUUUGUUUCUAGGUGCUUUGGGACGCAUAGACUAUCUGCAGGGAGCAAAAUCCUCCUGGUUUUCUGUUGUGGCUUCUAACCUGUUGCCAGUCCAUGUUACUACCCUGGAGAAAGCAGAUGGCAUCUAUCAGAAGCAUGCUGGAAAAACAUUACUGAAGGUUCCCAUGGGGGGUGAAGAGCGAAUGAAAGAAUUCCCACCGCUUAUUCCUCAGGAAAUUACGCUGGAAGGAAUUGGCACCCUUGAGGCAGUGGCUGACAUAAAGUUGUCCUCUGCUGGUUGGGUUGCAGUAACAGCUCACUUGGAAGACAAACUACAGCUGCGAGCCUAUAGCCCUGAAGGGACAACACUGGUGAUACGUAAGCCUCCUCUGCUGCCACAUAUCGUUGUCAUCAAAGGGACCCGCAUCAGAGGAAGUGUGUCCUAUAGAACUAAAAAGCCACCUCCCCUAGUGGAGAACUUAAAGGCAAAUGGAAAAAAUAAACAAAUUUAAAAAAGGGUAUCUAAAAUUUAAGAAGCACAGGAGCUGGAAAGCCCUUGGACAUAUGUGUUGCUUACAGACAAUUAUGAAAACAAUUAUUCAUUGAACUCUGUAGAAAACGUUCGUUUUGAUUUUAAGACUGGCUUCUGUAAAACAUGUUUGAAAGACCUUCCAAAUGCAGGUUUGAAGUUUGUAUCAGCCUACUGCAUAGUGCAGCUCAUGGGAUCAUGUGAUUUUCACUCUACUUCCCAUUAACAGAUGGCCUGUCUCAUUCAGACUCUUUAGUUCUGCAUUCAACAGACAGAUUUGGCAUCACUUCACAUUAUUGCUGUUUCCCCUACAGUGGGUGGAGUAAGGCUGGCAUCAGGAUGGGAGGGUAAUCUCAGUUACAGCAGGAGGGAGGGCUUUAGUGAAGCUGUCAGAACAUGUACAUCUUUCUGGUUGCUACCAAUAUUUGGACAGGAGACACAUUGCUUGUUUUUUGGCUUUUUGCAUGAAAUUAGUGAUAAAGAUUUCAGAAAGAAGCCCCUAGAGUCCAUCCUACUAGGUCUCUUUGCAAUAAUGUAAAACUUUACAGAUAAGCAAACGACACCCAGGGGACCACUGUGUAUAGCUGAAGGGAGGAAAUCAGACUUAUGCCUCAACUGAGAGCUCCAGCAAAACAUCGCCAUGCUGUGACUAGCCCUAAAUGUACAGUCAUCUGUCUCUUCAUCAUGACAACUGUGACGGGUUGGACCCCUUGGGAAGCCACCUGAUGUGCUGAGAUACCACUGAGUCUACCUGUUCUGUCAGCAUGGGCCCCCUUUAACGUGUCCUGCUAAGCCAGGCUCUUAAAACCUCCUCUAACACACACACACAGGCAGGGCCACACCAGCGGCAGAUCAGCUCUGGGAAGACUCAGCUUCAGGGAUUUGCUGUAAUGUCAUUUAUAGGUGUGUUUGGAAAGUUCUGGGUUUCUGUUCCCAGGUUGCCAGAAAAUAUUUUGGUGUGUAGCAUUGUGUACAUAAUGCAGAUGUCAAUAUUUUUUAAAGUCUAGGUGUCUUGGCAUUUAGCCACCAAUGCCAUGAGGCGGUGUGCCUCGGUUUCCCCUUCCUCACAGCAGUCUAGAUCAGUUAUGUUUUCUCCACUAUGCCAAGCUCUAAGCCUGUCCACAGGUACUAGCUGAGAAGCAGUAUUCUCAUAGGACUUUCUUGUUACCACUCCUAGUCUGUACCAAAGAUUUUUCCAAAAAUCAUGCUUCUUACACAUUUUUAAAGUAUUUACCACCAGUAUCAAAUUCUUUGUCUUAACCCACAGUGUGUGUAGUAAGAGACAUAAAGUUACCAGCACAUUCAUGACAGAGAGGUGCUUCCAAGUAUGAUUAUCAUACCACGCCUUCUCUCUAAACAGAUCAGUUUGUUCAGCAUUUAUUGUAUUUCUCAUCCUCUCUGUAGAGGUUCUUUCUUUGGGUAUGUGUUGGGGGUUUUGACAAGGAAAGAGUGUAAGGAGACCUUGUAUGUUACUGGCCCACUCCCUGUGGAGUUGCAUUUCCUCCCCAGGGUUAAACCCAUGUGUUGUUCACCCCCAUCACUCACUGUCUGAUGCUUAGCUGUGGGGAGGGGUUUACCUGCCCAGGAAGUGGCUGUCUCCACCCCUUCAUCAGAUGGAUCAUUAGCAUGUUCACAGACAUCAAAAUGCUUGGAAGAACCCUCCCUCCUCCUCCCCCUCCGCCUUAAAGAGUCAGUUAGUUUUCACAAGUACAGCAAGAAAAAUAUUUUGAAAAAGUGGGUCCUGGAUUGGGGUGCCCUCCAUCACCUCUCGCUGUUCCCACGAGGUCAGCUGUAUGGCUGCUCCCCUCAGAGAGGUCAGAUACACAGUUCCCCCUUAAAACUUGAGCCACAGAUGAGGUGCCUGUGAUUACAGAUGCAGGUCCAGCAAAUUUCCCCUGGGCAAACCGUUCUCUGCAAUGAGUGGGGAGACACUCCUGUACUCCCCCCACAUUCCUUCUGAACCUCUUUCUCUGGGCCCCCCCCACCAAGGCACACACCCUGUGCUCCCUGGAGAGCAAUCUGUCCCCUGUUGAGCUGUGAGCUCACAGCUAGCAGCCAUGACAGACCCUUCAUUGGCAAGCCCUGUACCCUCCUCUGUCUUGGAAUUGGGCUGGCCUCCAGUUACAGAGCCCAUGGAAUCUUCACCCCUUGCAGCGGUUUCUUGGAUCAUAUCUUCCCCCUCUAAGGCUUCCUCCAGGACACAUCUCCAUAUGCAUCCUAGAGCAGGAUUUUUCUCUUGCUUAACUGCAACUUCCUGGCAGCUAGCAACCUGUACAGUCUCCCUACCAUCAGGCAAAACACUCCCAUCCCCUGAGGGAACAGUCACUGCACUGGAGCUGGUUCUACCCACCCCCACCCCUUGUGGCAACUUGAUUUGCAGGGCAGUAGAGGAAUUAAAGAGACUCAUUUCCUCAGCAGUUUCUGUAGCUUUGCUCCUUCCCACAGGGUUCCAGCACAAGAUUUCUCCUCACUGCUGACAGACCCCUGGACAGCCUGAGCCACAUUGAAAAAGUCGUUACCCAAAAUAAUUUGUGUUGGGUUAUGAGAAACUGCAGCCUUGGUUAACUCAGCUUGCAAAUCCCCAGCUUCCAUGUGCACUUUAGCCAAAGGCAUAAGGAUUUGGGGGGAGGGAUAUCUCAGUGGUUUGAGCAUUGGCCUGCUAAACCCAGGGUUGUGAGUUCAGUCCUUGAGGGGGCCAUUUAGGGAUCUGGGGCAAAAUUGGGGAUUGGUCUUGCUUUGAGCAGGGGCUUGGACUAGAUGACCUCCUGAAGUCCCUUCCAACCCUAUGAUUUUGUGACCCCUACUAACAGAAGCUCUGCCAUCUGUCCUGGCAGUAUGUCUGUCUCCUGAACCAGGUCUCUCUCUCCUGACCACAGAGAUUUCUGCACCAGUAUCUCUCCACACAGGGAGCUCCUUGCCAUUUACUCUAACAGCCUUCAUGUGCUUACUGCCUGGCUGUGCAGUGGCAACCUUUACAAAUCCUGUGUGAUAAGUGGCAAUUGCCUGAGGUGUGUCUGUGUUCUGGGUCACAGCAUUUCCAUGACUUGCCUGCUGCCAGUUCCCACUCAGCACAGGGCAUUGUGGAAUUACAAUGAUAGCACCUUCUGGGCUCCACUGCUUUCACAAGAGAUUUGGGACGACUGGAUGAGUGAACUUGGGGAGGUGAGUGUCCAGCCUCCCUCCAUCCUCCUUCUUCCCAGGAUUAAAACAGGGUCUUUGCUUCUCACCAAACUUAAAAUCCUCUGCCUGUGAUUUAUUCCUACUAGGUGCUUGAGAUUGCUUAAAUUUAUCUGCAAAAAUUGCAAGUUCAUCGACCGUUUCCACCUUCUUAUCCCAUAAAUACUGUUUUACAUCAUCACUAGACAUAUUCAGGAACUGUUCCUGAGCAAUCAAAUCACACGUUCCUUCAAAGCUUGUAAUACCUUUUCUCCUCACCCACUUAUCCAGUAAAUCUCUCAUUUGGUUCACAUAAACCACAGUACUUAAUCCAGCCCCUCUCUUAAGGCUUCUAAAUUUUACUCUAUAAAUUUCAGGUGUAAUCUGAAACUGUUUCAAAACCAAAUCCUUAAAUUUACCAUAAUGGAAGCACCACCCAUGAGCAUCUUAUUGAUUAUGUCCAGAGCUCUCCCAGUCAAUUUUGCACUAAAGUGGUCAUGUUUUGAUCAUCAGAAAUCGCUUGGAGCAUACACAGUCCCUCAAAGGUGAAAUAUUCAGCAAUGUCACCAGAUUCAUUUUAUGGUGGAUACAACUGCUCCCACUUGUGGAUUUUUGGAGAGGUGGAGUCCCUGGUGUGGGGUUCUGUCUCCUCCACUCUAUUACAGCCAGGUCAUGCUUCAUUUCUUUGUGUCUCAGUUCCAUGGCUUGCUUCUGGGCCUCAAUUUCUUUGUCUUUCAAUUCCAGGGCUUGCUUCUGGACUUCUGUUUCUUUGUCAGCCUCUGGCUGUCUCAGUUCCAUGGCUCUCUCAUGAGCUGCUUUCUGCUUAUCAAUUUCCAUCUGCUUCAAUUCUAGCUGUCUGUUAUAUUUUUUUCAUUUUCCUCUACCUGCAGCUCCAGCUUCUUGGUAGAUUCACUUUCACUCAUUUUCAUACUUUUCUGUUCCUACUUCUCUUGCCUGAAAUAAGCAAACAGAAAAUAACAAACCAAUAACCACUUUGUCUGUUCUCUAGUCACCACACUUAAAACUCACUUAAAAUCACCACCAGUGUUUCAGAGCCAUAAGCAGUGCACACUAUCCUCCCCGACUAUGCCACUGACAGGUUGGACCCCUUGGGAAGCCACCUGAUGUGCUGAGGUACCACUGAGUCUACCAGUUCUACCAGCAUGGGCCCCCUUGCUGAGCCUGGCUCUUAAAACCUCCUCUAACACACACAGGCCAGGCCAUACCCAGCUGCAGAUCAGCUCUGGAAAGACUGAGUUUAAGGGACUUGCUCCAGCACUCAGAUGUCCACCUCCCUUGGAGUGCAGGCCCAAAGACAUAUUAUGAAAUUUGCUCCCUCCCUCAAUGUGGGGACAGGUGUGCACACUUCUUGCCCCUCCCCCCAGCUAGAAAUUACAGGAAUGGAUCAAUAAUUAACAAAACAAAUAUUAAUUAUGAAAGGCAGAUUUUAAGUGGUAAAAGGGGUAAGAGAACAAAGCAGAUUACUAACAAAUGAAAUCAAACACGCAAACUAAGCUAGUUUCACUAAAGAAAUUGGUUACAAAUAGUAUUUCUCACCCUAGAUAUUGUUGCAGGCAGUUUCCAAAGUUUCUGUGGUUCAGAGUUCCAGUUAUAUUCCUUUUCAGACUGGACCCCUGUCUCAGUCUGGACUCCCACUUUGCCUUCCCUUUUGCAGUUUUUCUUCUUGGGCAGACAGGCCAUGGAGAGGAGGAGUCCUGUUUGCCUUCCUCCCCACCCUUAAAUAGGAUUUACAUAAGGCGGGAAUCCUUUGUUUCCCAAACUUGACCCCCUUACAGUGGAAAGUUACAAGAAGUCCCAGGUAUGUUUUAGUAUCAGGUCACAAGACCACCUGACUCUGUAGGAUCACAGCAUCCAUGAGUCAGGGGCAGUAUGGAGCAUCCACAGGAAGGCCAAGCUUUUCACAGUCCAUUGUUGUUGCUGAUGGGCCAUCCGCGCUGUCUGGCUUUUCCAUGUUGUACCAGAAGUGUUAGCAGUGGGUGUCACCCAAAGUAGCAUAGUUGAAAUACAGAAACAUAGUCAAUAUUCCUAACUUCAGAUGCAGAAAUGAUACAGGCAUACAAAUUGGAUAAUUGCAUUCACUAAAUCAUAACCUUUCCAGUGAGAACUCACAUGAGCCAUUUUGCAUAAAAUACAUCUCAGUUAUGUCAUAUUCAUAUGCUGCUACUAGACAAUUUAGCACCACUAAUCUGCAGGAAAUGGGCACUAGUUCAAUCUUACCAAUCAUGAAUUUAUUCCAAACCAAAAUGAAUUGUGUAAAACUGGUUUUCACUUCACAAAUAAGCUAUUAUACAAAUACACAAUAUUUCAUGCUAUCAAUGUAAGGAGAAUGUGAAGCAAAGCUUUGAGAAGGCAUUUCAACCACCACUGGAUUAAAAAAAAGUUCUCAGAAUGAACAGCCUCUUUAUUGGUCAGGCCUCAACAAGAAUAGUCACAAUAAAGCAGGCAUGGAAACAGCCUCUGGCUCAAUAAACUAGCUUAAAGUGGGAAACUGAAAAAUGGGUUUGGCUGCAUUCUGCUGUAAAAAUUGAGUUAUUAAAAUGUAAAACAGACAUGAAAAGUCCAGGAAAAAAAACUCAAAUGGGGAAAGAGCAACAAACCUCCAACUAAACUAUGGCGAAACAGAAGUGAAGUGAAGCCUGCUCGAUGCUCCAUUUCUGGCUACAGGCGGAUAAGAAGGAACUGAGGGGGGGUUGCCCACGUAGCCUUCUAUAUUCUUGAUAUGGGGCAUGAGGAUGUGUAGGGUGCAUGGCUGAAGAGGCACUGCUACCAAAAAUCUCCUGUCAAAGGCAGGUGGGGGUGCAUGUGCACCUGAAGUGGAACACCCAUGGGGGGCACAUCUCAAAGAACUCCAGUUACUGCACAAGGUGAGUAACCUCUCCUUUUACAACAUUCCUCCAAGGCUGUAAGUCUGCUAACAAAUACAAACCAAAUGAUGAGCUUGUCCACAUGCUGGAAUAAUAAUUGUGAAAUUUGUCACUAAUGUAAAGCUGGCCCAUAUCUAGCCUCCCCCCCCCCCAAGCCCAAUGGGUAUUUGCUAGUUUAGUUGUCCUAUCUCAAUAUGAUAUGAAAAAUGUUUUGUGCAGCUAGUCCAUUUGCUUCAAAAAUGUAGCCUUACUUUACAACCAUCAACAGUGAAACGAUGCAGUGUAUAUUGGGAGUUCUUCUAAGGGGAAAGACUUGCUAUCCAGCAAGUGGGCGUGCUGCAGAUUGUGACCAAAUUUGGUCCCCGUUCACUGAGUAUUUGAAAAUAAAUUACCCAGAGCAAAAAGGAGACUCAAGAUCAUAUCGUUGCUUAAGGGGAGUGGUUAAAUGUUCAAAAGCACCUAAGUCCCAUUGACUUUCAGUAAAACAAAGGCUCCUAAGUGACUUUUUUAGGGAUUUAGGGACUUUUGAAGAUUUUCCCUGGUAUAUACUGUCUCCAAAGACUAAGAAGUCAAUCUCAGCAGAGCUGUGUAUUUUUGUAAUAAAGGCAGGGUCUGUAGUAUUUUUAUUCCAGAUUACAAAUGGACUUUACAAGCAGGUAUUUCUCCCCUCACAUUUCAGUGUUUGAAUGUUGGUUUUAAAAAUUAAACAAGGAAAAAAGUUACAUUCCUGACUAUAUAUGUCAAACUUGGUAUCCUGGUGGACUGCAGUGUGGAAGCAAUUAUGCCUGGAGAAAGUAUGCAAUGUCUUUUAUGAGCCUUCUUGUGAUUAAAUUAAAUUGAAAUUGA